GAAAAAGGACAUCGAUACUGAAAAAUUUCAAAUUGAAAUGAACUACUGUGAAAUGAAUCAGAAUCAAUGGUCAGAAUGUACUUUAGAACUGCCCUUAACGUAAAAUUCAUCAAUUUUUAUUUACGUUUGUGAUGUAGUGUGGUUUGGGAACCGGGGGUUGUUUUUAGUAUAUAGUAACAUAUGUUUCUAGAAAUGUUACUCACUUUAUAAUUUGUAUACACAUUUAUAUUAAUUUAUGGCUGUAUUUUCUAAUCUUAUCUCCAAGAAUUUUUGUUAAAUACUAGUAAAAAUGAAUUUCUGGUUACUCCUUUUAAUUUCUGUCUUUGCUGUAUGCAGUUCUGAACCAGCUUUAAAAGCAGUUGUAGUAGUAUUUCGACAUGGAGAUAGAACACCUGUUAGGCCUUAUCCCACUGAUCCCUACAAAAACAGAUCUUACUGGCCAGAAGAUUGGGGAAUGUUGACUAAUACUGGAAAACGCCAACAUUAUGAAUUAGGUCAGUACUUUCGCCAGCGUUACGCAGAUUUUUUGCCAGAAGAAUAUUCAGAAAGAGAUAUUUUCGUACGUUCUACGGAUGUGGAUCGUACGCUUAUGUCUGCCGAGGCUGAUUUGGCGGGACUAUAUCCUCCAAUAAAGACUGACAUUUGGGAUAAUAAUCUACUUUGGCAGCCCAUCCCAAUUCACACCACUCCGGAGAAUAUGGACGCAGUUCUUGCUGAGAAAAAACCUUGCAAAAAGCACGGCUAUUUACUUAAACAAUUAUUAAAAAAUGACUACUUUAGAAAUAUAAGUCAUACGUAUCAUGAUUUAUAUGCCUAUCUGACAAGAAAUUCAGGAGAUACUAUAAGUGACUUAACGCAUUUAGAAUAUUUAUAUAACACUUUUUAUAUUGAGACGCUUUACAACUACACAUUACCUGAAUGGGCUCAGAAAGUAUAUCCCACAAAAAUGAAAUAUUUGGCAAGCUUAAGUUUCGCUAUAAAUACUUAUACUUCUGAUCUUGCUAGACUAAAAACGGGUCCUUUCUUUAAUGAACUAAUCAAUUACUUUAAAAAUCGUUCAGCUACCGAGGAUAAUGCGAUAUAUUAUGCACCAAAGUUCUUAAUGUUUUCUAGUCACGAUACAAUCGUUGCCAAUCUUUUAAAUUCAAUGGGUGCUUUCGAAUAUCACAAUCCACCUUAUACAGCUACAGUACUGUUUGAAUUAUACAAGUCUUCAGGAAGAUCAUACGUAAAAGUAUUUUAUAAAAACACAACAGACGCCAGACUUGUUUCAGUACACAAUUGCGAGUCUGAAUGUGACCUAGAGAAAUUUAUUGAAAUUUUGAAACCAAUUACAUUGACUCUUGAAGAAUGGGAAUCUGAAUGCAAUAGUUUGUUAUUUGAUACUUGGCAUUUAUAUUUACUUUUAAUUUCUUUGUUAUUUUUCGUGUCUUCUUGUGGAUUCUACAUUUUUGUUCUAGUUAGGAAUUGUAAAUCAGAAAAUAAUAUGUAUACCCAGUUACCUGAUGAAGAGUGCGCCUAAAACCAUUAUUUUAGUUAGGUAGGUAAAUUAAUUUUAUGUCGCAAAAUAUUGUUCAGUAUUAAAACAGCUUAAAAAAAGUUUAAGAUUGACUGAAAUUAGGCAUUGAAAUAAUUAUUAAUUUGUCAGAGAUUUUGGAGUAUCCUUUAUUCAAGAGAAGUACUUAAAUUAAAAGUUUUAUUGUUAACUUGGUUUUUAGUUUGUGACCGUCAGAUUUUAAAUGAAUAUGUAAAAAAAUAUGAGAUUUCUCAGAUCUUUUUUAUUAUUAUGUUAAAAUAAUAAACUUCAAAAUACCUUCAAACUCGUAUGAUACGAAAAUCAAAUCAGAAUAUACGUUAAAUAGUAUACUUGAGUUGAGGAGCAGACUUUCUAGAUGCAUUUGAUCCAUUUUUUCGAAUUUUGGCAAACAAAGAAAAACUGCUACGAUUUUUGCAAGAAACUUACCUAAAAACUAGUAUACUUGAAAAAUGGAUAAAAAAUCAUAAAAAUAGUACACCUACAUGUGAAAAAUCUAGUUUUGAUAUCUGAAAAAAUUGAAAAAAACUGUUGACUUGAAAUUGACCUGAAAAAAUUGACGUGAAAAUUCUAUUUUUCUGUUACGGUCUGUAUCCCUAACUACAUGGUCGUAGUUCCAUUCAUUAUUUUAAGUAGUAUGAUUAAAGAAAUAGAGAAGUUGUAGUACAGAAAAAAAAUCUUCAUCUGUGGCAAUGACAAACAGCAGUAUAAAAAAUGUCUAUACCUAUGUGGCGGAUUCAUCUUUCCAAAAAAAUCCUUUAUGGGUAUUUCGCCACUGCACUGCAAGAAA